GGUGGUGAAAAUGAUCCUCAAAAAAGCUCUCAAUGUUAGGUCCUCUUUCAUUGUGGGCUUUUUGGUGGGCACAUUCACCUUGUACGUGAUCCUUCAACAGACAUGGUUCACACAGAGCCUUCACGACCAUCAGCAUGAGGGUCUGGGCCAAAGUGCUAAGGACGUCAAUCUGCUUAUAGAGGCAAAGAACUGGAGAAAAGAGAAGUUUGCUCUGUUUAACCUGAAUCAUCCACACCAUAUAGGAGAGGACAGCACUAUUGCUGAUGACCUUUACAAGCGUGUGCGCAUUCUUUGUUGGGUAAUGACUAGCCCUCAGAACCUGGAGACAAAAGCCCGACACGUGAAGGCCACGUGGAGCCGCCACUGUAACAUCGUCAUAUUUAUGAGCUCUGUUGACGACCCAGACUUCCCCACCGUGGGCCUCAACACCAAAGAGGGCCGAGACCAGCUAUACUGGAAGACUAUCAACGCUUUUCAUUAUGUGCUGGAGAAGCACGAAAACGAUGCUGACUGGUUCUUCAAGGCUGACGAUGACACAUAUGUGGUGGUAGACAACCUGCGCUGGAUCCUGGCCAAUCACACGCCGGACGAACCCAUAUACUUCGGGCGGCGCUUCAAGCCGUACACCAAGCAGGGCUACAUGAGCGGUGGGGCCGGGUACGUCUUGAGCCGAGAGGCCCUGAAGAGGUUCGCGGAAGGCUUUCGCACCAAAGUGUGCACACAUACGUCCUCGGUGGAGGACCUUGCUUUAGGCCAGUGCAUGGAAAAGAUGGGAGUAAUAGCCGGGGAUUCUCGAGACACGCUACACAGAGAGACCUUCCAUCCAUUCGUACCACAGCAACACCUCACUGCCAAAUUCUCCAAGACUUUCUGGAACUACAACUACUACCCCACUGUAGAGGGACCUCAGUGUUGCUCGGAUUUGGUCGUGUCCUUCCAUUAUGUGAACCCUCAACUGAUGUACCUGUUGGAGUACUACACUUACCACUUACGUGCCUUUGGCUACAGUUACCGCUACCAAGCCCCUGCACCAACCAAGCGUCCAUCUCACCAUGAAGAGGUGAAGCUUUUAAACGACAGUCACAAACAGGAUGCAGACAAACAUGAAGUGGAAAACAAAGCUCCGUCUCCUGAAGGGGAGAAGUUCUGAGCAUUUUAUAAAUGCCCAAAAUAACUGCUAAUCUUGUGACUUUUUUAUACAAUGGGACUCGUUUUGAAAUGGGUGAGCAUGAUGAAUGUUGUGCUAACAGUCUGCUUAUGAAUCAGGUAGCAGAGGUGUGGGAGUGUGCGCAUGUAUAAUAUAUGGCCAAAAGUGUGUGGAUUUUGCUCGGGUUUGUUGGACAUAGCAAUUCAAAACCAUAGGAAUUAAUAAAAAUAUGCUGUCACAAUGUUGUAAGCAUAUAAUAAAGCAUAUAAUAAUGUUAUAUAACCCCCCCCCCCCCCCCCCACCCUGAUGGGUGUCCACAAACUUUUGGCCAUAGAGUGUAUAAGGAAAUUUUGAGAUUGUAAGAGGGUUGCAUAAGAAGUGUUAAGCAAUGAAUGAAGAUUUAAUGAUUUACAGUGCCUCUACUUACUGUAUGUGUGGCUGCAUCGGGGUUUCAGGUGGUUUUUACUAUGUUGACUCAUCUCUGAUCUCAUAUGAUUAAUGUUCAGACCAGAUGAACGGCCCCAACUGCAACUUAUUUAGGUGAUCUAUAAAGUACUGGCUCUGGUGUCGCGUCAUGCCCCCGCCUUCUAAUUAGUAUUAAUGUACAUUAAGACCAUGACUGUUGCACAGAACUUAUUUCUAGUGUUUAAAUAGAGUGCAAAAAGAAUUAAUCUCAAAAAUCUAAGUUGGUUUUACAGAAUCCAUCAUGUCUAAGGUUUCACUAGUGAUUUGCUAAUAAUUCCUGAAGGCUUUGUUAUAAUGCAUAAAGGCCUGUCAUAAUUAUUAAAUAAUCAUCUAAAUAUCAUUUUAAAGCUGGUCUAGUUUGUCAUAGGAAUUAUUCAAAAAUGACACAUUAAUUAAAAUAAACUUAACAAAAUGGCAUUGUCAUAUUUCAAUCAUUCCCAGUCAAAGGCUUUGAGCUACACUGUGUGCGGAUGUAAUAAAGAUGCAAAAAGUCAAUUUAAUUGCUUCAGUCAAUAAUUACUUGCAUCUAUGUGUAUGACAAUAGUCAUCUAAAAUUUCACAACCAUGGCAGGCCUACACAUAAUUUAAUAAAGAUUAUAAACAGUACAAAUACUCGCCGAUUCAGGUGGCGCAGUGGUAAAAACACACGCUGGAACCAGAGCUGGGAUCUCGAAUACGUCGUAUCGAAUCUCAGCUUUGCCUGCCGGCUAAGGCUGAGCAGCCAAAUGAACAACGAUUGGCCUGUUGUUCAGAUAUGGGCAGGACUAAGCCAGAUGGGGUCUCUCUCCCAACCUCUGCUGGCUGAUUGAUGGUGCCUGCACAGAGAUGAGAAAAGAGUGCUCUUGAAAAAGGGGAAAAUAUGCAUAAAGAAAAUAUAUAUUAAAAAAAUAGUACAAAUACUCCAUGUUGAACAUAUUCUCAGUUGCACUAUUCCAAUGUUUGAAGUUUUAGGACACGGUUGAGCUGUAAAUGACUCCAGGGACUAACUGAAGCGCCGCUUUAUUUAAAUAAAGUGUUUGAGAUAGGCUUUAGUUAAUAGAUCACUAAGACAUGCAGAAGCUGAACCACU